ACAUUGUGUUUGCUGAAGUUAAACAGGGGCUGGUCCAACUGCUUGUAAUGGCAGUCACAUACAAUUUACAUGGAGUCUUGACUUGAUAUUGCACAAACCAUUUUUCAGUUUCACAAUACAUGUUGUCACAUUUUUGAAUCGCAAUAUAUUGUAAUGUUACACCUCUAUAAUGACUGGGUCUUCUGAAAAACAAUAAAGCAUAUAUUGUGUUUUGUGACACAAUAAAAGCCUUGUCACGUUUCACCAGCUGUGUGUGAAUGUGAAGCAGCGGCAACUGGAAGUGAACACGUUGACCAUAGCAUACAUACGGAUGCAAAGCAUGGAAAAGAAGAAGACGACACAAAGCUUGAAUAGCCCAGUAGGACAGGUGACAAAGCUGGAGCGAGUAUGUGACUAAUACUAAAAUCAACACUCAAAAUUAUAAAACUCCUGAGAGGUUGGCCUCUGUUUAUUGAGCUGUGGAGUGAUUUCAAUGUAAUUAUUCACUAUUUUAUAUUUAGUUACCAUAUGUCUUUUCAGCAUAUAAAAACAUCUUUGUCCAAUGACUUACUCGUUACCCAGCCCUCCAGCAUACAAUACUUUACCAUGCAGCAGCUGAGUAACAUGCCUUAUUGAGCUUGAGCUCACUGAUGAACCUGGUUCAUGCAGCGUGUCUUUUAAUUGGGAUACUGGCACAGCAUUGAGCUGUGGUGUGCUGACCAGUACAACAUCUGACUUAUUUUGAUACCUCAAAUAUCAAAAACUUGCAUUACAGUACCCAUGGCGACCUUUGAUGACAUUCUGGAGGAGGUUGGGACUUUUGGUCGCUAUCAGAAGCGCAUCUUCGCCCUGCUCUGUGUGUUGUCACUACCUUUUGCAGGUGUGUUUGCUGGCAUUGUCUUCCAGGGUUUCACACCGGAUCCAGGGUUUCCCCCCGGCCACUGGUGUCGGGACUCAGCCGUGGUGGAGAGGAGGCAGGUGUGCGGCUGGAGCCUUGCUGACGGUCGCAGGCUCACGGUGCCUCAGGUCAACAGCUCUGGAGCUCUGCAGCCAAGCAGCUGUGAGCAGUACGAGGUGGACUGGAACAGCACAACUCUCAGCUGUGACACACAGGAACUGGACCUCAGUGGAGCCACAGUCACCACAUGCACGGAUGGCUGGGAGUAUCAGUACGAAGGCAGGAAGUCCUUUGUCACAGAGUUUGACCUGGUGUGUUCGGACGGGUGGUUGGUGGAUCUGUACCAGUCCACUGUCAACGUGGGUUUCCUCUUUGGCAGCUUUACUUUUGGCUACGUUGCUGACAGGUUUGGCAGGAGGCUCAGUCUCCUGAUAUCCAGCUUGCUGAAUGCCAUAUCAGGGAUUGUCCUGGCUGUGGCUCCAAACUACGUCUCCAUCCUGGUGGUCAGGACCAUCCACGGCUUUGGAGUCAAGGGAGGCUGGAUGGUUGCUUAUGUGCUGCUCUCAGAGAUUGUCGGAGUGGAGCACAGACGAACGAUUGGAGUCUUGUUCCAGAUGAUGUUCAGUGGCGGUGUCCUCAUCCUCCCUCUUUUAGCCUAUUUCAUCAGUGACUGGCGCUGGCUGCAGGUCGCCAUCACUGCACCCUACUUCCUCUUCCUGUCCUACUACUGCUUUAUCCCAGAGUCUCCAAGGUGGCUCCUCUCUCAGAGCAAGUCAUCCAAAGCGCUGGAGAUCGCUGAAGCUAUGGCCAAAGAGAACAAAAUGAAGCUCCUCAAGAACGUCGAGACGCUGACUGAUGAUGAUGGUGACUCCCCCAUGGCCUCCUACAUGGACCUGGUCAGAACUCCAAAGAUGAGAAAACACACUUUGAUCCUCAUGUUCAACUGGUUCACCAGUGCUGUGGUUUAUCAGGGCCUCGUCAUGCGGUUGGGCAUAGCAGGAGGAAAUGUCUAUGUUGACUUCCUCCUCUCUGCCCUGGUCGAGUUUCCUGCUGCCCUCCUCAUCCUCUUCAGCAUCGAACGCAUCGGUAGACGCCUUCCCUUCGCCUCUGCCAAUAUCGCAGCUGGAGCCUCCUGCUUCAUCGCUGCCUUCAUUCCUGACAGUAUGUUCUGGUUUAAGACGGUGGUGGCCUGCAUCGGUCGGCUGGGCAUCACCAUGACCUUUGAGAUGGUGGUGUUCGUUAACACCGAGCUCUACCCAACGUUUGUCAGGAACCUGGGUGUGGCAGUUUGUUCCACUCUUUGUGAUAUUGGAGGCAUCGCGGCUCCGUUCCUGCUCUACAGACUGGCUGUCAUCUGGCAGGAGCUGCCGCUCAUUAUUUUUGGUGCUAUAGCGUUUACAGCUGGAGGUUUGGUGCUGUUGCUGCCUGAGACCAGAGGAGUUCCACUUCCUGAGACCAUCGAUGACAUCGAGUUCCCUGAUCGGAAAGUGACGACUGAACAGCUGAAGAGACCUUUAAAACUCAGACUUGACAAGAAGGAAGCAACAACAACUGUGUGAUAUUCUGCA